AUGAUGCCAGACAAUACGCCUCUUCAUAUACUUAUAACCGACAAACCAAGAGAGCUGAAGGGAUUUCUGGAUAUAAUAAAAUGGUCGACUAGGGAAUUCCUAGAAAGUUCAUCUGAAUUGGAACAUAAAUGGGAUGAAUAUACAGAAUAUUAUCUCAGUAAAUUAGCAGAAGAUGAUAAUGUGAAAUUCUCCCAAUCACUUCUUACCUUUUCCUCAAGAAUGCAGUUUUCUUUAUUUGAAAAUUUACUUAAACAAAGUUACCCUGCUAAUGGUCACCACAAAUGGGAAAGUGGAUGGGCUAGAAAAGAAAGAGAAGGCAUGAAGCAAAUUUUUGAAGAGAUGUUGAGCACCGAAAGUGAUAGGAUUCUUGGAAAAAUGGAGGGAUUAGUAAAGACUAGGCUCGAGGAUCAAGAGAUGAAAACAAAUAUUAAAGUUUAA